GCCACAAUCUCCAUUUAUUCAGAGAUUAUCAUAAAGGUGAACAGAGUUGCAUGGAAAGUUUAGUGUCAAUGAAAUUUGAAACACGAGAGGAAAUAUUGCUUGGAUUUGCUAGCCUGCACUUCUAUGAUGGAUGCUACCUCUUGUGGGAGAUGGCCAACUUUGAUGGGAUUCUGCUUACUGGAAUACAAGUUUAAAAACGUGAUCAGCUAUGCAAGUUUUGUAUUAGUUUAAAUUUUG